AUGAAAACCGUUUCACCCGCUGAAGUUGCCAAGCACAAGUCCAAGAGCGACGUCUGGGUCAUUAUUCACGGCAAAGUAUACGAUUUGACCAAGUUCCUUCCCGAGCAUCCUGGUGGUCAAAAGAUCAUCAUGAAGUACGCUGGUCGUGACGCUACCAGUGCUUUUGAGCCCAUCCAUCCUCCAGACAUUAUUGACCGCUUCUUGUCGCCCGAAGUGUGUAUGGGUCAAGUCGAUGCUGCCGCUCUGGAUGCUGUCGAAAAGGUUGAAACCGAAGAGGAAAAGAAGUUACGCAUUGCUCGUGAGAACAAGCCCAAGUUGGCUGAAAUGUACAACUCUUUUGACUUUGAAUCCGUUGCAAAGAACGUCCUUAAGCCUGACGCCUGGGCAUACUACAGCAGUGGCUCAGACGACGAAAUCUCGAUGCGUGAGAACCACAACGCUUUCCACCGCAUCUGGCUCCGUCCCCGUGUCAUGGUCGAUGUCGCCAAAAUCAACAUGAGCACGCAAAUGUUGGGCACAAAGGUAUCGAUGCCGCUGUAUAUCACCGCCACCGCAUUGGGCAAGCUCGGUCAUCCUGAUGGUGAAAAGGUCUUGACGCGUGCUGCUGGCAAGCGCGAUGUGAUUCAAAUGAUCCCCACCUUGGCUUCGUGCUCUUUUGACGAAAUUAUCGAUGCCCGCACCGACAGUCAGACCCAAUGGUUGCAGCUUUAUGUCAACUCGGACCGCGCAGUGACCAAGAAGUUUGUCGAGCAUGCUGAAAAUAGAGGCAUUAAGGGCCUGUUCAUUACUGCCGAUGCUCCGCAACUCGGUCGUCGCGAGAAAGAUAUGCGUCAAAAGUAUUCGCAAGAAGCUCCGGAUGAAAUGGAUAACGAGACUGUCAACCGUGAUGAAGGUGCCGCUAGAGCUAUCAGCUCUUUCAUUGACCCCUCGUUGAACUGGAAGGACGUCGCCUGGUUCAAGUCGAUCACCAAGAUGCCCAUCAUCAUUAAGGGUGUCCAGACUCCUGAAGAUGCCGUGAUGGCGUGGCGCAACGGCUGUGCCGGUGUUGUUCUUUCCAACCACGGUGGUCGCCAGCUCGACUUUGCCCCAUCCUCCAUUGAAAUCUUGCCCGAAGUUAUCGAUGCUUUGAAGCGUGAAGGAUGUGAUCCCAAGAAGGACUUUGAUGUGUACAUUGAUGGUGGUAUUCGACGUGGCAGUGACAUUUUCAAGGCCAUUGCAUUGGGUGCUAAGGGUUGCGGCAUCGGAAGACCAUUCCUAUUUGCCAUGUCUGGCUAUGGAGACCAGGGCGUUGAGCGUCUUUUGGAGCUGUAUCAGAACGAAUUGGAAAUGUGCAUGCGAUUGAUGGGCGCCCCCACUAUUGCGGAUAUCACUCCCGAAAUGGUCGACAUCCGCAACUUGAAGGACCACUUUGUAUCCAACCCUACCGAUUAUCUUGCCAAGCAUGCCUACGAGAAGAUGCAUCCCCGCGGCAACUUGUCCAAGCUGUAA